CUAAUGAGCCGAGGCCCCACUCCGGAGCCAAGUUUCCCCACCCUCUUCCCUCGCCCGCCCUUCCCUCCCGGGCCGGCGCGCCGCCUAGAAAAACUUGUGCGGGGCCAUUUUUGGGGCAGUAAGAUCGAGCGAGGAGCCCACGAGCGAGCGCAGCGCCCGACAGCUCGAGCCGCCUCCGCCGCGCGACCCCACCUCGGCCGCCGCCCGCGCCGCGAGAUCCGCACCGGCCUCCGAGAGCGAGCCCGGCCGCCGCGACCACCAGCCGCGCUAACCGCCGACCAACCGCCACCAGGGUGCCGAGGGAGAGCAGAGGAGGCGGCAUGAGCGAGGCGGGCGAGGCCACCACCACCACCACCACCACCCCCCUCCCGCAGGCUCCGGCGGAGGCGGCCGCCACGGCCCCCCGGGACCCCGCGCCCAAGAGCCCGGCGGGCGGCGGCGCGCCCCAGGCCGCGGCCCCCGCGCCGGCCGCCCUCGCCGCAGGAAACCCGGGUGGGGACGCGGCCGCCGCCGCAGCCACGGGCACCGCGGCCCCCGCCUCUGCAGCCCCCGCCGGCAGCGAAGACGCGGAGAAGAAAGUUCUCGCCACCAAAGUCCUUGGCACUGUCAAAUGGUUCAACGUCAGAAAUGGAUAUGGAUUUAUAAAUCGAAAUGACACCAAAGAAGAUGUAUUUGUACAUCAGACUGCCAUCAAGAAGAAUAACCCACGGAAAUAUCUGCGCAGUGUAGGAGAUGGAGAAACUGUAGAGUUUGAUGUGGUUGAAGGAGAGAAGGGUGCAGAGGCAGCCAAUGUGACUGGCCCGGAUGGAGUUCCUGUGGAAGGGAGUCGUUAUGCUGCCGAUCGGCGCCGUUAUAGACGUGGGUACUAUGGCAGACGCCGUGGGCCUCCCCGGAAUUACGCUGGGGAGGAGGAGGAGGAAGGGAGCGGCAGCAGUGAAGGAUUUGAGCCCCCUGCCCCUGACCGGCAGUUCUCGGGGGCCCGGAAUCAGCUGCGCCGCCCUCAGUACCGCCCUCAGUACCGGCAGCGGCGGUUCCCGCCUUACCACCUGGGACAGACCUUUGACCGCCGCUCACGGGUCUUUCCCCAUCCCAACAGAAUGCAGGCUGGUGAGAUUGGAGAGAUUAAGGACGGCGUCCCAGAGGGAGCGCAACUUCAGGGACCGGUUCAUCGAAAUCCAACCUAUCGCCCAAGGUACCGUAGGGGACCUCCUCGCCCACGACCUGCCCCUGCUGUUGGGGAGGCCGAAGAUAAAGAGAAUCAGCAAGCAGCCAAUGGUCCAAACCAGCCGUCUGCUCGCCGUGGGUACCGGCGUCCCUACAACUACCGGCGUCGCCCCCGUCCUCCUAACGCUCCCUCACAAGAUGGCAAAGAGACCAAGGCAGGUGACGCCCCAUCUGAGAACCCUGCUCCUGCCACCGAGCAGAGCGGUGCUGAGUAACACCAGGCUCCCCUGGCACCUUCACCAUCUGCAGG